CGUGGACGCGCUUAUCUCCCCUCGCUCCCAGCGUCCGCGCUGCAGAUCGGCUCGGUGCCCUUAGAGGCCUCCGGUGGCUCCGCGGCAUCUUCUGUCGCUGUGACCUGCGCUUGCCGCGGCAGUUGUGGGGUGGAUGACCGAGAAGCCGAAAAAUGGACCCAGUGGCCUUUGAGGACGUGGCUGUGAACUUCACCCUGGAGGAGUGGGCUUUACUGGAUCCUUCACAGAAGAAACUCUACAGAGAUGUGAUGCGGGAAACCUUGAGGAACCUGGCCUCAGUAGGGGGAAAAUGGGAAGACCAUAACACUGAAGAUAAGUACAAAGACCAGGGAAGAAAUCUGAGAAGUCAUACAUUCGAGAGAGACUGUGAAAGUAAUGAAGGUAGUCAAGAUGGAAGAAACAUCAGCCUUUUUCCAAAUCUUAAUCUGAACAAGAACAGUACCACUGCAGUAAAGGCAUGGGAGUGCAGUGUGUGUGGAAAAGUCUUCAUGAGCCGUUCAUCCCUUAAUAGGCACAUGAAAUCUCACACUGCACCCAAACCAUCCACGUACCAGGAAUAUGGGAAGAAGCCUUAUAAAUGUAAGAUAUGUGGGAAGGCCUUCAGUUAUCUCCAACCUUUUCAAAAACAUGAAAGUAAUCAUGGAAUAGAGAAAUCCUAUAAAUGUAAGGAAUGUGGGAAAUCCUUUAGAUACCGCCAGUCUGUUCGAAAACAUGAACGGACUCACACUGGAGAGAAACCCUAUCAGUGUAAACAAUGUGGAAAAGCCUUUCGAUAUCAUCAAACCUUUCAAACACAUGAACGGACUCACACAGGAGAGAAGCCCUAUCAAUGUAAGCAGUGUGGUAAAGCCCUCAGUUGUCCCAGUUCCUUUCGAAGUCAUGAAAGGACCCACACUGGAGAAAAGCCCUAUGAAUGUAAAAAGUGUAGUAAAGCCUUCAGCUGUCCCAGUUCUCUUCGAAAACAUGAGAGAACUCAUACUGGAGAGAAACCCUAUGACUGUAAGGAGUGUGGGAAAGCCUUCAUUUCUCUCGGAAGCUUUCAGAGACACAUGAUAACACAUACUGGAGUUGGACCUUAUAAAUGUAAGGAUUGUGGGAAAGCAUUCAACUGUCCCAGUUCAUAUCGAAUACAUGAGAGAUCUCACACUGGAGAAAAGCCAUAUGAAUGUAAAAUAUGUGGUAGAGCCUUCAGUUGUUCCAGUUCCUUUCGAACACAUGAAAGAACUCACACUGGAGAGAAACCUUAUCAAUGUAAAGAAUGUGGAAAAGCCUUCCACUGGCUCACCACUUUUCAAGUCCAUGUGAGAACUCACACUGGAGAGAAACCCUACAUAUGUAAGCAGUGCGGUAAAGCCCUCAGUUGUCCCACUUCCUUUCGAAGACAUGAAAGGACUCACACUGCAGAGAAACCCUAUGAAUGUAAGCAGUGUGGGAAGACCUUCAGUUCUCCUCUGGGUUUGCAAAUACAUGAACGAACUCACACUGGAGAGAAACCCUAUAAAUGUGAGGAAUGUGGGAAAGCCUUUGUUUCUCUCACAAGCUUUCGGAGACACAUGAUGACACACACUGGAGAUGGACCUUAUAAAUGUAAGGAAUGUGGGAAAGCAUUUAAUUGUCCCAGUUCGUUUCGCAUACAUGAAAGAACUCACACAGGAGAGAAGCCCUAUGAAUGUAAAAUAUGCGGUAAAGCCUUCAGUUGUUCUGGUUAUGUUCAAGUACAUGAAAGAACGCACACUGGAGAGAAGCCCUAUGAAUGUAAGGAGUGCGGGAAAGCCUUCAUUUAUCGCACAACCUUUCGAGGACACAUGAGAGUACACACUGGUGAGAAACCGUAUAAAUGUAAAGACUGUGGGAAGGCUUUUAGUCGACCCAGUUCAUUCAGAAGCCAUGAAAGAAUUCACACUGGAGAGAAACUUCUUGAAUGUAAACAUUGUGGGAAAGCCUUCAAUUGGCCCACAUCCUUGCAUAAACAUGUCACGAGAAUGCACACUGGAUAAACUGUAACUGAAGAAUACAGGACAGUUUUCUCUUCACAAAUACAUUCAAAGUUAUGUGAAAACUCCACUGGAGAGAAAUGCUAUAAAUGUAAGUAAUAUGGGAAAGCCUGAUGCAGAUUAAGUCACAUAUAAUACCCCAGAAAUUUUACAACAUGAAAGAAAUGUUUUAAAAGUUAAAAAAUAUAUUGUUUUUAUCAGUGGCUCAUUCUGAAACUCAGUUCUCUCACUAUGGAUUCUACUUGUUAAUUUUGCAAAUGAACAUUGAGUUGAAACAGUUCUGUAAGUACUCGUUAAGCAGUAAUACAUUAGCUUAGUAUGUAAUGUUUUUCCUUCCAGCAGCUUACAGUUUUUAUCUAUUUUGAAAUCUGUUGGAUCUGUGGGUGAACUGGAAUAUAACUGUAAUGUGCCAAUAUCAUAUAAUGUGCCAAAAUGUGUAAUUUUUUAAUUGCUCUGUAAGUAAGGAGGCCGUGGGAUAAUGACACUUAGGUAUUUGUUGGGAUUUUCCUAUUGGUUUCAAGCAGUGGGUAUUGGAUAUUUUUCACCCAUUGUAAAUACUCCUCUUUUCUUAUUAGAAAAGCAAGUUUCUUUUGUCAGAAGAGCUGAAUUCCAUUUUCCUUGCUAAUAAGUAGCUGGCAUAAAUUUGUAAGUAUGCAAAGUCUAUCAUAGAGUAUAAUCUCAUUUGACUUAUUAUUUAUGCCUCUUCUCUUUACUCUUUGUCAUUCCAUCUGACUGUGAUUUUGGUAAUAGCCUUUACAUUCAGAAAAGAGACCUGUGUUGACAUCAAUGGCAUAGUUACACGAAGCAACCUUACAUUGUUUACAAGCUUAAUUAUUUUAGAUUUAAAUUUGUAGCUACAGCGUCUUUGCACUGAAGCAACAUUUUUCCCCCAACAACGCGUUAAUAAUGUCAUUAUUUAGGAUAUCUUUUACCCAUAAUACAAUUAGCAUGAUUAUAUGCUAUCACUAAAGUAAACCAGUGGUAUUACCAUCCAUUCAUAUUGAGCACCUGCUAUGUGCCUGUGCUGGAAAUAUAAGUGAACAUAACUGAUGUGGUUACUGCUCUCACAGUGCUUCAUGUCCAUGAGAUUAAAUGUAAACAUCACGUUUCUAGCUACUUUUUAAAGUUAUUACAAAAAUGAAUCAGUUUAAUGUUCAUAACAUUGUAUGCAAUAGACCAAUAAGUCUUCAUACUUGCAAAGGAAAAGAAAGGAGACCUAUGAUAGGACAACAGAAUGUAGAACUGGAGAUGGUCUCCUGGAAUGUGUUCUGUCAACAUGGAUAAUGCUGAGACCUACAUUUUCUAGAACCUUAUUCUCAUGGUUCCAUGUUAGAAUUCACCUCCAACCUCACUUGCGUGAGAUUUGGAAGGCACAGCAAAGACGGCCUUAUUAGUCUUCAGAACCAUGGAAUAGAGAAAGACAGAUGCAUAGAAGUUUCACACCUGCCUGCUUCCAGCCCGUUUUCCUGAUCCUCUGCCCUGCCAGUCAGGAGCAGCUUCAUUACCACUAACUACGUACCUUCCAUUUUCUCAGACCUGUAGGUUUCCACAGAUGGCUCCACAAGUUCCACAGCAAAGAUCUGUCACAGUAGGGAUUUUCCUGCAAGUCCUCAUGUGUCCACCAGGCAACAAAUUUAUUAGACUGUUGUGGCUGAGAAUGUUUUGUGAAGCACUGACUCCCCCCUUCUCUAUAUUGCAUUUGUAUAAGGUCUAAUUUGUGUAGUACACACUUUGUUCUGUUAAUAUCGCUGGUGACUGUGUGCUCCGGAUCCCA